AUGGCCACUGCGCAGAUGUCUGGAAGGUCUGCCAGAUUGGCUGACGACGCCGCGACUGCUGCACUCUAUGCGACACAUCCCCGAAGAACUGUCUCUGUUCGCGACGCAACCCCUAGAAAAAGUCCCUUCAGUUCGUCAACCCACUUUCCGAGAAUUUCAACGCUUUCUAAUAUCCGCUCUCUCAACUUAGAUGCCGGUCUCGAUCUGAGCCAUGCCUCUGCGGCUUCAGCGAUCGCCCACGCAAAUCAAAAAUCGGUAGAAACUUGGCGCCCAGGACGACUGCCCGACGCUGAAAGAGCAGCUUGGUGUGUCAAAGAUUUCACCCCGCCAGUGGCGACUCAGCCCAGUCCUCAAUAUAGCGCCGAGGGUCUGGGGGCCGCUAUCAUCGCGGUCCGCGAACAGAGGACCAUGAACCAAUCGCCGUUACAAGAUGUCUCAAAGCAAAACCAAUUACAAGACAAGGCGCGCCGCGCAGCAACCGGUGCUUACACGACUCGACGCAGGGCCGACUCAGCCUCAAGUGAACUAGUUCGCCCGUCAGAUUCCCAUUACGCUCUUUCUGCCGCCAGUGCCUCCCACAAGAUGAAGAUCGAAAAUGACGACCCCCUCGAUCACCUCGACAGCGCGAUGGAAGCUAGCCGAAUUCGUCACAUUGCCAACGCCAACGUCCAGCUUUACACUUCGGCUCCUCCCGUGGCAGUUGAGGUAGAGGAGCGCAAUAAGAGAAAUUCCCUGCGCGCAGCAGCCAUCGUGAUGGCCAGGGAUAUGUACAGCCCCGGUACUGAAAGCGAACCACGCAAUCCGGCACCCGUUUAUGCAGCUAAGCGAGGCCAGGACCGGUUACAAAAGCGCAUGACCAUAAGUGGCACAGAGGGGAUCACAGCCCACCGAGCGAUGACCUUGCAGAAGGCUGCGCAAAAACGAGCUUCAGUAAAAUUAGCACAAAUGAGAAACGAGAAUGUUGAGCUCCAGGAGUAUUACGGUACUGCGCGCCCGCAGUCGCCAUCGCAACGAAAACGCUUGAGCUUUCGGCGAAGAACGUACAGUGCUGCAGAUGCGACCCACGCGGAUGCGGAUACAGAAAACUCGAGAGCGAUCCGGAGUCAAAUGACAGUUCUGCAGUCGAGAUUGAAUCAAGUGGACGAUCAACGUGUCAAAGAUCGCGAGAUGCUUAUGGCAGUCGCACAACGCAAUGUGACCCAGACGAUGCAGAACAUGGAGAUUCAGAUCUACAACGAUACCGGCCGUCCUUCACAGGCCAUCCAGAAGGAGUGGGACGAGGCGGCAAAAGAGCGAAUCCGACAAGAAGCCCAGUUUUUGGAAAACAACGCUGUUCGCGAUCGCAGAAAUCAAGUCAGUAUUGGUGCGCAGCAGUACAUGGAGAUGGCCGACGUCGAAGCCGUCGCCCGUUCACGUCUACAGCCCACACUCGACGAAAUCACCGAUCAAGCUGAACAACGUCGAGCUCGGGAUCUCGAGAACCGUCUCAAUGCAGAGGAGAAGCAGAGACAGGCUGCCAUAGAUAAAGAGCGUGAAGCUUCCCUGAAAGGUGCAAAAAAGAAAACGAAAGAUAAAAACAAAGACAAGGAGAAGCGCAUGAGCAUUAUGGGACUCAAAGCAUUAUUGAUGCGGAAGAAGGAGAAGCGAGCACCCAAAGAGGAGAUCGAGACGGAAAGUGUCCAAGAGGACUCGGUCUGGGAGACACCGCCAGUUGAGACACCAGUUGAGACACCAGUUGUUGAACAUACAGCGACAGUUCCAGAGGUGAGGGUAGCUGAAGCCACACCCGUCAUGACGCCGGCAGCAGAGAGUCCCGUGGUUCAACCUCAAGAGCUUGUUGAGGAGACAGAUAUCUAUUCGACCCCGCCGAGAGACGAAGCUCGUCUACCCACCAACGUGUCUCUGGAAGAGAUUCUGAACGAGGAGCCGACGGCUGUUCCAUCAAAUAGGAUGACUGCUGCCCGCGUUGGAGCCAUUUCCCCCUCGUUUUCGGACCAUUUCAGCGAUUGUCAAAGCAUCGGGCGUCAUACAGUCCCACGAGAUGCUGCGGCUCAGGGUAGCAGAAUCUCAUUCCUGCACACCACCAAGCCAAUAACCAGCCCCAAGUCCGAUUCAAAGCUCAAAACCUGGUUCCGUGAUCGAUUGAGUCGUCGUAUCAGCAGUCCAGUGCCCCUGUAUCCACACCAACCUGGCCCAGACUUCGAAAACGAUAGCGAAGUUGGAUUCUCUGGUGGUGCUGCCUUGGCAGGGCGAAAUUCCUUCCAUGGACAUCCGAUCUGUCUUGACGAGAAGAAGUCCCAAUCCGAUGCUUCUCUAACUAGUUUCUCGCCCGAGUCGAAGCGAAAUUCCAAACACCGUCUUCGCCAGUCCUUCAUGAAAAGAGUUUCUCCCAAUCCGGGAGACGAGGCCGAUGCUGCUGAAAUUCCCGCUGAAGUCUCCGCUGGUAUCCCUGCCGAUAUCCCUGCUGAUUACCGUCGAGCCUCUGCCGUCUCUAGUUCGAAGGAAUUUGAAACAAGUAUCCAUCGGGGUGAACUGCGUGAUAAUGCUGUCGGACAUGGCCUUCCUGCUCCUCCCCUUAUUGGGGAGACCGCUAGUACAAAGAGUGGUCGUGAGUCUCGAUUCUCUGAGGACAUCUCUUAG